AUGAAGCGCUCCCUGGCCAGGUGGUUCGGCUCCGAGGAGAAGCCGCGGGGCGCCGCCUACGAAGGGGUCGUCUGCGAUUCCGACGCCGCUUCCAUCGCCUCGCAGGACGUUUUCAAGGUGAUCUCAGAUGGAAGUACCUGCAGACUACGGAGCUUUAUUAAAAAGAAUCGUGAUGGACUUAAGAAAGUAGAUGACCUCAAUGCCACUCCACUGCAUCAUGCUGCUGGACAAGGUCGACUUGAGUCAAUGCAAAUGAUUAUUGAUGGUUCUCCAGCUGAAGCACUAAAUGUGACUGACAACUCUGGAAACACACCACUGCACUGGGCCACGAAAAAAAAGCAGGUCGAAAGUGUUAAAUUGCUUCUUAGCAGAGGAGCUAAUCCAAAUAUUCUUAACUCCAGUUUGAUGGCACCGCUUCACUUGGCUGUACAGUAUCUUCACAAUGAAAUAGUUCAGAUUUUGGCUGAACACAGCACUACAGAUGUAAACCUGGAAGGAGAAGGUGGGAACACCCCCGUAUUAGUAGCAUGUUAUAAAGAUAAUGCUGAAGCACUGAAAAUUCUGAUUGAAAAUGGUGGUAAAAUAUGUAAAGCAAACAGUAUGGGCUGUAUGCCAGUUCAUGCAGCUGCAUUUUCAGGUGCAAAACCAUGCAUGGAGAUUCUUUUAAAAAAGGGUGAAGAGUUAGGCUAUUCUGCUGAAAAUCACAUCAAUUUUAUUAAUCAUGGGAGAUGCAGUCCUCUCCACCUGGCAGUUCAAAGUGGUGACUUGGAAAUGAUUAAAAUGUGCCUUGAAUAUGGAGCACAAGUUGAUCUGAAGCAGAAUGACAAAUGCACAGCUCUUCAUUUUGCUGCUACCCAAGGAGCCACUGAGAUUCUGAAGUUAAUGAUGUCAUCUUAUAAAGGCGAAGAGUCUAUAAUUGAUGCUUUAGAUGGGAAUAAAGAAACAUUACUUCACAGGACUGCAUUGUUUGAUCACUAUGAACUGGCAGAGUAUCUGAUAUCAAUGGGAGCAAAGAUUGAUUGUGUUGACGUUGAAGGUCGAACUCCACUAUUACUUGCUACCUCUUGUGCAUCGUGGAAAAUUGUGAACUUAUUACUCUCAAAAGGAGCAAAUGUAGAGUUAAAAGAUCACCUGGGUCGUAAUUUUUUACAUCUAACAGUACUGCAUCCUGGAGGAUUACAGCAUCUGAAUGAAAAUUUUUUGCAGAUGAAGCAUAUUAAAGAUCUUGUAACUGAUGAAGAUAACGAGGGGUGUACUCCACUACAUUAUGCAUGUAAACAAGGGGUUCCCCUUUCUGUGAAUAACCUCCUUGGCUUGAAUGUUUCCAUCUAUUCUAAAAGCCGAGACAAGAAAUCUCCAUUACAUUUUGCAGCUAGCUAUGGACGUAUCAACACUUGUCAACGACUUCUACGAGAUAUGGGAGAUACCAGGCUCUUGAAUGAAGGUGACAAGAAGGGCAUGACUCCUCUACACUUGGCUGCUCAAAAUGGACAUGAAAAAGUAGUGCAGUUUCUGCUGAAAAGAGGUGCUCUCUUCCUUUGUGAUUUUAAAGGCUGGACAGCUCUGCAUCAUGCUGCCUUUGGAGGGUAUACUCGCACAAUGCAGAUAAUUUUGGAUACAAAUGUUAAGAGCACAGACAAAGAGGAUGAAGACGGGAACACAGCUCUUCAUCUUGCUGCCAGUGAAGGUCAUGCAAAAGCAGUUAGGAUGCUUCUUGAUGCCGGAGCCAAAAUAGUCUUGAACAAAGCUGAUGCUUCUUUUCUUCAUGAGGCAAUACACAGUGGGCGGAAAGAUGUUGUGAAUGCUGUCAUCUUACAUAAAAGAUGGGAAGAGUCUAUGACAACUUUUUCUCACCGUUCUACUACCAAUAAAUGCGCUAUAUUGGAGAUGGUUGAAUAUCUUCCUGAAUGUUUUAAAUUAGUUUUAGACAAUUGCAUUGUUGAAUCAUCAGAGGAAAAGACAUGCAGAGACUUCUAUGUUGAAUAUAACUUCAGGUACCUUCAGUGUCCCUUGAACUUAACUAAGAAGUUAAAGGAUGAUGACGACAUAGUCUACGAACCACUUAUUACUCUAAAUGCUAUGGUACGUCAUAAUCGUGUUGAAUUGCUCAGUCAUCCUGUCUGUAAAGAAUAUUUACUCAUGAAAUGGAUGGCUUAUGGGUUCCGAGCACAUCUUAUGAAUCUUGGUGUAUAUUCUCUUGGGCUAAUACCACUAACCAUUCUGAUCACCCGCAUAGAGCCAGGAAUAUAUUGCAAUGGAACAACAAAUCAGCCAGGACCUUUUGACAAUAAGAACUCAUACUUCAUAAAAGUAUGCAUGUGUUUGGUUUUUAUCAUGAGUGUAUUGGGAAUCUGCAAAGAAAUAAUACAGCUGUUCCAACAGAAACUUAGGUAUUUGUUGGAUUAUUCUAAUCUCCUUGACUGGACAAUUCAUAGUACAAGCAUCAUUUUUGUAUCAUCUUUAUUUAUUAAAAUUGAUCAAGCUGCAUUACAGUGGGAAUGUGGUGCAAUUGCUAUAUUCUUGUCAUGGAUGAAUUUCUUGCUGUACCUGCAAAGAUUCGAAAAUUAUGGAAUCUAUGUUGUGAUGUUUUGGGAAAUUUUGAGAACUUUGCUCCGGAUUGCUGUUGUGUUCUUCUUCUUGAUCUUAGCGUUUGGGCUCAGUUUCCAUGUUCUUCUUGGAUCACAGCAACCAUACAGUCGUCCACAUCUUUCUGUAAUGCAGACAUUUGCUAUGAUGUUAGGAGAUAUCAAUUACCAUGAAGCUUUCCUUGAUCCAUUGUUCGCCCAUCAAUUGCGUUAUCCACUUCUGAGUUUUGUAAUUCUCACUGUCUUCACUAUGCUUAUUCCAAUUCUACUUAUGAACUUGCUGAUUGGUUUGGCCGUUGGGGACAUUGCAGAAGUGCAAAAAUUUGCUGCACUGAAAAGGAUUGCAAUGCAGGUCAACCUUCACACAAACCUGGAGAAGAAGCUUCCAUAUUGGUUUCUCAGCAGAGUUGAUCAAGAGUCAAAUAUUGUGUAUCCUAACCGGCCAAGAUAUUGUGGAUUCAUGAGUGUGUUCCAAUAUUGCUUUGGAUGUGAUGAUACAGCAACAGAUACUCAAAGUGUUGACAGAACUGUAGAAGUAGAAGUACUGAAACAGAAAUACAGACUUAAGGAUAUGGCAGCACUCCUGGAGAAACAGCAUGACCUUGUUAAGCUGAUCAUACAAAAAAUGGAGAUCAUAUCUGAGGUUGAAGAUGAGGAUGCAAAUGAUUUAUUCCAGCACAAAUUCAGGAAACAUCAGUUGGACCAUAAGAACAGCAAAUGGGAUACAGUGUUAAAGGCUGUAAAAUGCAAAGAUGCCUAG